UUGUCAAGUGUGGAUAUGCAGGAGCAAACUUUCCAGCGCAUAUAUUUCCAUCAAUAGUUGGACGUCCAAUAAUCAGAGCAGUCAAUAAGAUAGGAGACAUAGACGUCAAGCAAGAAUAUUGUAUUCGUGAUUUAAUGGUUGGAGAUGAAGCAAGCAAACUUCGAUCUAUGUUAGAAAUUAGUUACCCGAUGCAAAAUGGAAUUGUUAGAAACUGGGAAGAUAUGUGUCAUGUGUGGGACUAUACAUUUGGAAAAGAGAAAAUGAACAUCAAUCCUAAAGAAUGUAAGAUCUUGUUAACAGAACCACCAAUGAAUCCUAUUACGAAUAGGGAGAAAAUGAUUGAGGUAAUGUUUGAAAAAUAUGGCUUUGCUGGAACGUACAUUGCAAUUCAAGCAGUACUUACAUUAUAUGCUCAAGGAUUGAUUAGCGGUGUUGUAGUAGAUUCCGGAGAUGGAGUCACUCAUAUUUGUCCUGUGUUCGAAGAACGUGCUUUACCUCAUCUUACUCGACGACUAGAUAUAGCUGGUCGAGAUAUCACAAUGCAUUUAAUAAAACUUCUUUUAUUACGUGGUUAUGCAUUUAAUCAUUCAGCUGACUUUGAAACAGUUAGGAUGAUGAAAGAAAAGUUAUGUUAUAUUGGAUAUAAUAUCGAAACUGAGGAGAAAUUAGCACUCGAGACGACAGUCUUAGUCGAGUCUUAUACCCUUCCUGACGGAAGAGUAAUAAAAGUAGGCGGUGAAAGAUUUGCAGCGCCAGAAGCAUUAUUUCAACCACAUUUAAUCAAUGUUGAAGCGCAAGGAAUAGCUGAAUUAGUAUUUAGUACUAUACAAGGAGCUGCUAUUGAUAUAAGGAGUGAAUUAUACAAACAUAUUGUUUUAAGUGGUGGUAGUACAAUGUAUCCUGGUCUUCCAUCUAGACUUGAAAGAGAAAUUAAGCAGCUUUAUCUACAAAGAGUAUUAAAGAACGAUACUUCAAAAUUAAAUAAAUUCAAGAUAAAAAUUGAAGAUUCUCCAAGGCGUAAAGAUAUGGUUUUCAUGGGCGGUGCAGUAUUAGCAGAAAUAACAAAAGAUCGGGACGCAGUGUGGAUAACUAAGGAAGAAUAUGAGGAAAAAGGUCUUAGUGUAUUAAAGAAAUUACGCUCUUAUAAAUAAUAAAGAAAAUAGUAAUUGAAAUAUAGAAAACAAAUACACAUUUUUUAUAUCCGAAGUCACUUAAAAAGUAUUUGCAGUUUUUGUAUUUUGCUUUCACUACUGAUUUAUGCAAACUUAUUGUCUUAAACUUGUACAAGUGACAAACAUAAUUGAGAAUUCUUAAAAAUAUUAAAAUUUCUAAUCGGACUUAAUUUCAUUUUAUAUACACUAACAUACAAUUCUAUUACAUUUGAAAUUGAUAAGUAUAUAUUUAUAUAUUUGCCAUGAUGAAUAGCACAUUUGUAGAUUAUAUACAUUGUAAAUAUGAUUGUCACAAACACUCACUUUCUUUUUUAUCAAACUGAAAUGAACUUUGACUGUCCAUGGAUAUACGUUGUGCAUUGCAAUCAAUGUAUAUCUAUUUUUUUUUAAAUUCACAGCGGUUUUUAUGAAAUUCAAUGUAUUGUAUGUAUAAUCACGUUAGAAAACAAUUGAUUAAUAUAAUGGCUAAAAUUAAGUAAUUAAAAUUGUAAAUAUUAUAUUAUAAUAAAAAUAUAAAAUUCUACUUUUAUGUGUAAAAUACAGAACUGGAAUAACUAAAUGCAUUUAUUACACUGUAUUUGUUUUUAUAAGAUUUUAAUGAUUUUAGUUUUCAAUUAAAUAUACAUUUCUAAACAUGUGCAUAUGUUGAUCUUAAAUUUUGGCCAUUAUUGUAAUUCAUAAUAAUUAGUUUAUAAGAAGUCAAAAACACAAUAUAUAUCUUUACAUCAGGACUCCAUAAUUGGAACAAGAAAUUUUGUUUGAAUUUAAGUUAAAUUUUAUCACACAUCAUUUUUUAAAAAUGUAUUUAAAAACAUGUAGUACAUAGUACAUUUAAAUAAUUCAAAGUUGUCAAAAAAAACAUAAACUUCAAUUAACUCAAGUUAAAUAGAGGGUAUGAGGUAAAACUAUUUUGUACGAUGUACAUACAUGAUAUAGAAUAGUUUUAUAAUUUUAGUUAAAUAAUUUAUAGAAAUAAAUUUAUUUCUUAUGAAACCUUUUCCUUAAUUUGGUUUAACAACCUGUACAUAUAUAAUUAUUAAGAUUGUAUAAACUACGAGUUUUUCCUACUUAAUAUAUUUAAGUCAAGAAAUUUUAUUGAGAUCAUGAUAUAAAUGCCAUGUUAAAAAAUUGGAUAAAAGUAAAAGAUACAAUAUGAUUAAGACAAAUCUACAACAGUCUUUAUUAUGUUUCUCCAUUUGACCUUUAAAUUGUGUAUCAUUGUACACAUUUUUAUGUAUAAAUAAAAAUAACAAUAUAAUUUGUAUUAUACAGUUUCGUAUUUAAUUUGAUAUAUAAUG